GCAGCGGCAGCAGCAGAUGGAAAGAUGCGCUAGACGGCGCUUCAAUGAUGGAACUUCGUAUUUACAUGUUGUUUGAGUUUGGACCGAACCCAAAGAAUUAUGCAAUGAUGCACAAACGGGUCGAUGUACGCUGCACUUAAAGCCUCUGAUAUGUACUUAAUGCAGAUGUGGGACAGCGGGGCCAGAUGGACAGGGAGGAUGAUUCAGAUUCACACCUAUACCCUAACAGCUGCGGGCUGUGGGCUCUGACAGCAAGAAACCAGCUCCUUCAAUUUCCUGAAAUGACUCGAUCCAAACCAGUUUUCACGUCAAUACGCUUUACAACUAAACAAAGACUCUUCCAUUACCUGCCUGGUUCCGAGGAAUGCGUUACCAGUCGUGUCAGCGUAGACAAAGCGUGCCUUUGGAGAGGAUGUAAUGAGUAACUAAAAGAGAAAACUAAAGAGGGACAGACAUUUUUCCAGUCGUGCGCCGGUGGGAGGGAAGAUUUGUGCAGUCAAACAAAAGAAGCCAGAGAGGAAGGAGAAGAAGAGGAAGAAGAGUAGGAAAUCGCUGCAACCCCUGGAGUCUCAUUUCAGCACCACCCGCUAUACUGGACAGCGUCUGAGCAGCGGAGUUGGUGGAGAAACGGGAGAUGUUCAAGACUGCAGCUGCACAGGGCGCGUUAUUUCCCCACAACUAAAAAGAAUCUGACUUUUCACACUCGUGUUCUUCUUUUUCAAUUUGAGCUGGGUGGCGGGUUUGGCGAGCUGCGUUCAAACAGCAGUCGAGUCCGGAGCUGCCUGGAGCCGGAGAUGCCAAGCGAAAACACGGAAAGAAAGAAAUAAUAAUCCAAACUGGAGCGCAUCACAAAUCCAAGCUGGUUUUCGGAACUUCAGGCUCGUUUGUACGAAGAAGAUUUAAAGGUCUCCGGCCUGCCGCCGAUGUGGCCCCAGGCAGGGACAGCAGCUCCUCCAGAGCCCCGCCCACCCACCCCAACCCGGGAGAAGCAGGGGGCAGCGGAAAAGAUUCCUGCUGUGGAGCCCACCGGGACUUUUGGCUGGCUUGAAGGACCAUAAGGAGAAAUGAAAUGCUCCCAAGUGGUUGGGUAAAAGCAGAGAAUAGAGGCGCAGCUGCUUUUGUUAUUGCUUUUUAAGAACUCUCUGUGGACAAAGUUUGGUUAAUGCAUAUAGCCACUACACACAGGUGCAACAUACUGUAGAAGAAAGAACACGGUGGGAGAGACAAUAAAACAAGGCUGCAUGUGAAAUUAGAAUUACAUGGUUUGCGUCAGAGAGAGAAGACAGAGGAGACUUCUGAAGAUGUCUGCGCUCUGAAAACAGCUGCCGCCAACCUUCAGGAGAGUUGUAUGUGUGUGUACAGUCCUCUCUCACUUUCAAAGAAUCUGAAUUUGUAUUUGGAUGCAGAUUUAGCCGUUCAUCAUGACUGUACAGGAAGGCUUUGAGCGAGUGCGGACUGGCUGCCACAGAGGCAUCUGCUGCCGGGUGUUGCAGCUGCUACUGCUGCUGACUAGCUUUUUCUCAGUUGUCCUGACAGCCAAACCCAAAAUGCCAGGCCACACACACCUCAACUCGAUACGCAUUGACGGGGACAUUUCACUAGGUGGGCUGUUCCCCGUGCACGCAAGGGGGAACGAUGGCAAAGCCUGCGGAGAGCUGAAGAAGGAGAAAGGGAUUCACCGGCUGGAGGCCAUGCUGUUUGCCCUGGACCGUAUAAAUAAUGACAAUGAGCUUCUGCCUAAUAUCACUCUGGGGGCGCGCAUCCUGGACACCUGCUCCCGGGACACACAUGCUCUGGAGCAGUCGCUGACAUUUGUACAGGCGCUGAUUGAGAAAGAUUCAACGGAUGUCAAGUGUCUCAGCGGAGGGCCGCCCAUCAUCACAAAGCCUGAGCGAGUGGUGGGAGUGAUAGGUGCGUCUGCCAGCUCCGUGUCAAUCAUGGUGGCCAACAUCCUUCGCCUCUUCAAGAUCCCCCAAGUGAGCUACGCUUCCACGGCUCCAGAGCUCAGUGACAACACCCGCUACGACUUCUUCUCCCGGGUGGUGCCUCCAGACACCUACCAGGCCCAGGCCAUGGUGGACAUAGUCAAAGCCAUGCGCUGGAACUACGUGUCUACCGUAGCUUCAGAGGGUAACUACGGAGAGAGUGGGGUGGAUGCGUUCAUCCAAAAGUCUCGAGAGGACGGUGGUCUGUGCAUUUCACAGUCAGUGAAAAUACCACGAGAACCACGAGGUGGCGAAUUUGACAAGAUUGUCCGCAGACUCAGUGAGAACCCAAAUGCCAGAGUAGUGAUUAUAUUUGCCAACGAGGACGACAUCAGGGUCACACAAAAACCAACAUUAAUCCCUCGUGUAACUUGGAUGAAUCACCCUGUAAAGUUUAAGUUUGACAAGUGCAAAUCUACAGUAACAAGAAAAAUCCUGAAGAAAGUGGAAUCUGCCAUGCAACUUCUCCAAGCAGCUAAGAAGGCCAAUCAAACAGGCCACUUCAUCUGGGUUGGCUCAGACAGCUGGGGCUCUAAAAUCGCCCCUAUCCUGGACCAAGAAGAAAUGGCAGAAGGCGCAGUCACCAUCCUACCCAAGCGACAAUCCAUCAAAGGUUUUGAUCGUUACUUCAUCAGUCGCACAUUAGAAAACAACCGACGGAAUAUCUGGUUUGCAGAGUUCUGGGAAAACAACUUCCAAUGCAAGCUCAGUCGCCACGCUGUAAAAAAAGGGUCCGGCGUCAAAAAAUGCACAAAUCACGAGCGGAUCGGGAAAGACUCGUCCUAUGAGCAGGAGGGGAAAGUUCAGUUCGUGAUUGACGCGGUCUAUGCUAUGGCUCACGCUCUGCACAACAUGCACAAAGACCUCUGUCCUGGAAAGGUUGGUCUCUGUUCUAAGAUGGAUACCAUCAACGGCACGUUGCUACUCAAGUACAUCCGCGAUGUGAACUUCACAGGAAUUGCUGGCACGCCGGUGGUUUUCAAUGUGAACGGAGAUGCUCCUGGUCGCUACGAAAUCUACCAAUACCAGAUGAUGAACAACACAACGGAGUACAAGAUCAUUGGCCACUGGACCGACCAGCUGCAUUUAGACAUCCCCGAGAUGCAGUGGCCUGGCGGAAUCCAAGACGUCCCCUCCUCCAUUUGCAGCCAUCCCUGCCGUCCUGGCCAGCGCAAGAAAAUAGUUAAGGGCAUUCCGUGCUGCUGGCACUGCGAGAGCUGUGACGGUUACCAGUAUCAGGCAGAUACUUACACCUGCAAGAUGUGCCGCUUUGAUCUGCGGCCAAACGACAACCACACCGGCUGCAUGCCCAUCCCCAUAGUCAAGCUAGAGUGGAGCUCACCGUGGGCCGUCAUCCCCGUUCUCAUCGCUGUCGCUGGCAUCAUGGCUACGCUGUUUGUGGUCGUCACCUUUGUACGCUACAACGAUACACCCAUCGUUAAGGCGUCAGGCAGAGAACUGAGCUACGUGCUGCUGACGGGCAUCUUCCUGUGCUAUGCCACAACCUUCCUCAUGAUUUCCACACCUGAUAUGGUAGUGUGCUCACUGCGGAGGAUUUUUCUGGGACUGGGCAUGAGUAUCAGCUACGCAGCGCUGCUCACCAAGACGAAUCGGAUCUACAGGAUCUUUGAGCAGGGCAAGAUGUCGGUCAGCGCCCCCCGAUUCAUCUCCCCAGCCUCCCAGUUAGUCAUCACAUUUAGCUUGAUAUCAGUGCAGCUGCUUGGAGUGUGCAUCUGGUUUGGUGUGGAUCCGUCACAGGCAGUCAUCGACUACGAGGACCAACGAACCACCAACCCCGAAAUGGCCCGCGGCGUCCUGAAAUGUGACAUAUCAGACCUGUCACUCAUCUGUCUGCUGGGUUACAGCAUGCUGCUGAUGGUCACCUGCACAGUGUAUGCCAUCAAGACCAGGGGGGUUCCUGAAACAUUCAACGAGGCCAAGCCCAUUGGCUUCACCAUGUACACCACUUGCAUCGUGUGGCUUGCCUUUAUUCCCAUUUUCUUUGGGACCUCUCAGUCAGCAGAAAAGUUGUAUAUCCAGACCACCACACUUACCAUUUCCGUGAGCCUCAGUGCUUCGGUCUCCCUGGGAAUGCUCUACAUGCCCAAGGUCUAUGUCAUUCUCCUCCAUCCAGAGCAGAACGUACCCAAGCGAAAGCGUAGCCUGAAGGCUGUGGUCACUGCAGCCACCAUGUCCAACAAGUUCAACUCGAAAGGUGGCCUGAGGCCAAACGGAGAGGCCAAAUCAGAACUUUGUGAAAGUCUGGAAACGCAAGACUGUGUUGAGGGAGGGGAGCCUUGUGAGGGACUUUAGACUCUCAGGUAACACGAUUAGAAAUUGACUCUGUCCUUUUAUUAUCUGUGACCAAUUAUGUUGCAGUUCAUUUCUGUUGUGUGUUCUGUGCACAACAGCCCAUGUCUGCAGACUCCCAGCUGCCUCUGGCUAAAUAGCACUCUGAAUGCCACAAGACAGUAAUCCAUCCCUCACAAAUCCACCCUUGACCAAUGCACAUUAACUUUGAUUGUGCAGUGCUAUGAAAUGGCCAAUCAGCCUGGUGAAACAUGUUGGAAGAUGACACCAGUCUGGCUGAAUGAAGGAAACAAACGAUAGCCAUGUGCUCCCUGUAAUUUGUUUAUCUGUUGACAAAAGGAGGAAUUUGUCAUAAUAGCACAACAACAAGAAGUGUGAACAGGAAAAGACAGAUUGGUCUGCCAGCUCCAAUUCUUUCUGGACUUCUGGACUAUCUAUUCUUUAUCUUGGCCUCACAGCACAUAAAUAUUCAAAUAAGGUUCAUUUAUCAAUGCUUCUCUUGGAAGAGAUGCUUUCAAUGAAAUGGCAAGAGCCCCCCGUUCCCAUGGCCGACAUCGCACUGACAAAUAUAAACACCUCUCCCCUGCAGCACUUUUGCCCCAACUCUGGCUUCCAGCUGUCACCUGAUUGGAUUCAUCCCCUCUGACAUAUUGAAUCAGUCAAAGAUGCUGUUGGCAGAUAGGCUGUGUAAUUACCACCAAUAAGCAUGCUUGCUGAGGACAGGAUGCUGACACCUUCACACGGACGCAUGUGUGCAGAAUGGCAAGAAUGCAUGUAAAGCACAGUUAGCGGAUCCCUCUGCAGCAGUAAUAGUCACUGUUUUCUAGCCUCUGGCCGCCUUGUUUUAUUCACAGUUGACAUAAGAUUCCAUACAAUAUUUAUGGAAGCUCAUAAAUUGCCAGAGCAGAUCACAGAUUGUCUAAGGAUCAUUUGAUGUCUGACACAACACCAAAUGGCAACAUGGUGUUUGCUGCAUGCUUUGCUUGGAGCCCAGAACAAUUGGAAGUAUUUGCAUGUGGUGAAAGACCUGUAAUAGAUUCUAUUAUUUUAUAGUGAUGCUGUGAGGUGUCUUGUAUCAUAUUAGGGUGCAAUUAUUGUUCAUAUCUAGAGUAUCUAUAUAUCUAUCUUACAUACAUUACAUACAUAGUCGACUGUGAAGAAAACAUUAAAACAGAGACUUUAUUGUCACAAACACUGUAAUAGGAAGUGCUUUUGACUGCAUCAUUUUGACAUGUUGGUGACACUUUUUUAUUUACAAUACUAACAUGUACUACAUCAGUCCCUUAUUUCAGUAGAAAUUUACAAGCAACUCUUAACAGAAUUCAUUUUUCUACACAAAUUGCUAAGUUGCUGCACUAAAUUUGUGUAAGAUUCUUCAGAAGUUGAAAAUAUAAGAUAGAAAGUUCUACCAAGUUAUAGUUGAGUCAGUUAAUCUAAUUCAAUUUUGUGGUUUCAGUUUUUUAAAUGUGACUUUCUAUGUUUAAUGUUAGUGUUGAUGAAAAAUGGGGCUUGUGGAAUAAAAUUAUCAACCUGAUGAAGUCACUGAGUUCUGAGAAUCAUAGUUUUAAAGGAAUUUCUGGAUUUACCCUGUAUUCAUGCAGUGAAGGAAGAACACCUAUAAUAAUCUUCUUAACCCUUACCUUUUGUCUUCCACCCCUGACAGUGCUGUCCUCCAAGCAGACAUACAUAAGUUACAGUAACCAUGCCAUCUAACACAGCACCAGAGGAUCAAGGGUCUGUGAGAAAAAAAUCACCUGUUAAUGGGAACUACUGAAUGACUUUAGACGAAACGCCUGAGGUAGAAAGAUGGGAAUUUGGCCCUCCACAAAGAGAGAGGACGUCAUAUUUUUCUAGAGAAUCAGGUAAAGGCUUUGAUGCCACAUUUAUGAGAUUCUAGCAGAUUUCCUGCAGGGAAUGCGGAGAUGUUUGAGAGGUUGGACACACUCUUCCUCUUCUUCCCGACCUUCCUGAGACGUGGGGAUUGAGCAGUGACGUUUCAAGAUGUGGACUAUGUGAACCACCUGGAAGCUGGUGUGCCAGUGUGUUUUCUUUCUGAAGUGUAUAGCACAGUUUCAGUUCUGAGAGGUUUAUCUAUAAAAGUUAUUUUUGGCUACUGCUGUCAUUGGAGUUUAACACUAACGUACUCGUCAAACUUUACAUGUCUUACAUGAACCAACACCUGAAACUCAACCAGUGGGUCAUUCUAGCUUUUUGUUUUUUUAAAUAAAUUUUUCAUAAUAAUGUAUGCCAUCAUCAUAGCAAACCUAGUGUACAGUCCCAGAGCAUGCUAGUGGGCGCAUCAUGUAUACUGUGCUGUGUUGUCAACAUCAGUGGACAAAAAAAGACUUGUUUCAAGGGCAGAAAGAGUCGUACCUUUGUGGUUUACACUCGCUCCAUAAAUGUCCGCCAGGACAAUACAUAGCUUGAGCAUCCAAGAUUUAUUGGCCCUUACUUAUCUAGCGUUUGUUAAAACCAGCUGAGUGACUGCAUCUGUUUAACCUUAAAGCCAGGCAAUUAUAAAUGUGCAGUUACAGUAUGUACACAAUUAUGCAAUCAGCCAAAGUUGUUCCCAUAUUCUACAUUCAUGAAUUGUGUGGAUGUAAAACUCAGAUCAUUUAAAAUCAAAUGUUAUUUUGUUUGUUUUUUGCAGUUAAGCAAUAAUACUGCUGCUGCUAUAAUCUAGUCUCAGUACAUCAUCAGUACGUCAAGCAGAAAUACUACUACUACUUUUGAUGCUAGACUGGAUGAGAUAGAUGACCUGAAAUGAUUAAUGGGUUUAAAAGCAGGUUCAUGCAGCUGCCAUCAGAACACAUUUAAGCAUGCUUCAGUCUAAACCUUCAGAAAUUUUUAGUUGGAUGACAAAGCAGAGCAAAAAAGCAGAGCCUGAUACUAGCUGAUUUAAAACAAAAACAACCUGCUAACACCUAUAAAGCAUAUUAUUACAGUGCAUAUGUUUGGCUCUGAAGCCUGUCAGCACUUUCUUCACAGAAUAAUUAACAAAUACAGACAGACACACAAACACAGUGACUCCACACCAUCUUCCUGGCAGGAAGCAGCAGAAAUCUGCAUGUGUAGCUGGCAAGUACUGGAUAUUCAUCAUUUUUGUUUAGUUGGACAUCUAAUAGUGAGAUUGAUGAAGUUGAUCAGUCAGUGCUGUCUCAGGGUCUGGUCUGCUAAAUUAAGCAGAACCCCAAACUCACACGAUACCAAAUUCAUGUUAGAGACAUUUUUAGUUUUAACAUCUUUCAGUUCUAAAUCAAAAAGAAGGAACAAUAGCUGCUCGAUAAUUAAGGGCCAGUGCCUUCAUUCUGUGCCUCAUACACAUUUUACAGUCUUUAUUUUCUUUAUUCUUUAUGUUUGUGUCAUCCAUUAUAAAAAUAUGACUGAAAAGGACUAAAUGUACAAAUUAUAAUUAAGUGUGCAACCUCCAUCUUUGUGUCCAAUCUCUAAAGUAUUCGUAAUGAGCAGUAAUUCUGGAAUUUGUCUCAGUAAAUGUUAUCCUCAGCAAUGCAAAAAUCUGUAUGUUGCAUGUCAAAACUCACGAGAUGAACAAUCUGACAGAAGGGUUUGUCAUCAGGAAGGAAAUCUGCUGCAGAGAAUUAUAAAUGUUUGGGUUUAAACUGAUUCUUACUGUAGCUUCAACAAAAGUCUGAGAUGCCGCAAAUGUUUUCUCAUGAUUUGAUAAAAUAUUUGUUUGUGAGAUUGUGUUUGUGAAUAUAAUCAUUUACUGCGUUUUGCCACAAACCCUGCCUUUUUAUGUUAUUAAAACACAGUCUAUGUUACAAAAUAGAAAAUGUUGACUGUGCUAACUGAAAUUCAAUGGCAAGUUAAUGUAUGUUAAUAAAAUGGAUUGACUAUGUUUGCUUUAUGCACUGAAUUAUUGUAUAAAAAAGAAAGAGAAAAAGAAAUACAGUGCCUGAAUAUUUAUGAAUCAUCUAUAGAAAAAAAUGUGUAGAGCAUGUUCAUUUUUAUACAAGAUAUUUCUAAUAAAAAGAAUGUUUUGCUAAUUAA